AUGGCGACAAUUUCUUCAUCAAUACGUUGUUGUUCAUCAUCAUCAUCAUCAUCAUCUUAUUCAAAUUCUUCCUAUAUUGAGGUUCAUCAGAAAAAUGUACCCUUUUCAUUAGUUUCUCCGAAAAGAUUGGCGGCAAAAAAGGUUUCUUUACAGUCUAAGUGCAACCCAUAUUCUGAUGUGAUUAUCAUGCAAGAUGGUGCUGUGGGCACAACAGCUGCCACAACAGAAAAUAAGGCUCCUUUGAAGAAAUUGAAAGAUGAGUUAUUGUCAAUUAUCCCUCCUGACGAACACAAAGAGCCGAUUGAAGUGCGUGGAAAUAAUGAUAAAUCGACUGUCAGUAUCACUGUUGUGGGGGCCUCUGGUGACCUUGCCAAGAAGAAGAUAUUUCCAGCACUUUUUGCGCUUUAUUACGAGGAUUGUCUCCCUGAGCACUUCACCAUUUUCGGUUAUUCACGUAGUAAGAUGACAGAUGCAGAGCUAAGAAAUAUGGUUAGCAGGACUCUCACUUGUAGAAUUGACAAGAGGGAAAAUUGUGAUGAAAAGAUGGAACAGUUCCUACAAAGAUGUUUUUACCAAUCAGGCCAAUAUGAUUCUCAGGAGAAUUUUAUGGAAUUGGAUAAAACACUCAAGGAACAUGAGUCUGGAAGGAUUUCCAAUCGACUUUUCUACUUAUCAAUCCCACCAAAUAUAUUUAUAGAUGCUGUAAGAUGCGCGAGUCUAUCUGCUUCUGCUUCAGAUGGCUGGACAAGGGUCAUUGUAGAGAAACCUUUUGGUAGGGAUUCGGGAUCCUCGGCUGCUUUGACUAGAGCUCUCAAGCAAUAUUUGGAGGAGGAUCAGAUUUUCAGGAUAGAUCACUAUCUCGGGAAGGAGCUAGUAGAGAAUCUUUCUGUCCUGCGUUUCUCAAACCUUAUCUUUGAACCCUUAUGGUCAAGGCAGUAUAUAAGAAACGUGCAGUUUAUAUUCUCUGAGGAUUUUGGUACUGAAGGAAGGGGAGGUUAUUUUGAUCAUUAUGGAAUAAUUAGAGACAUAAUGCAAAAUCAUCUGCUCCAAAUACUGGCCCUCUUUGCCAUGGAAACACCCGUCAGUUUGGAUGCGGAAGAUAUCAGGAACGAAAAGGUUAAAGUUUUGCGUUCCAUGAGGCCCUUACGUGUUGAUGAUGUGGUCAUUGGGCAAUACAAGAGUCACACAAAAGGAGGUGUCACCUAUCCAGGAUAUACAGACGACAAAACUGUACCUAAAGACAGCUUAACCCCAACUUUUGCUGCAGCUUCGCUAUUCAUUGAUAAUGCGAGAUGGGAUGGUGUGCCUUUCCUAAUGAAAGCCGGGAAAGCCUUACAUAAUAGGAGGGCUGAGAUAAGGGUUCAGUUUAGACAUGUUCCUGGUAAUAUAUACAAUCGAAACUUUGGGACUGAUCUUGACCGAGCAACAAAUGAGCUUGUCAUCCGUGUCCAGCCCGAUGAAGCUAUUUAUUUGAAGAUCAAUAACAAAGUCCCUGGCUUGGGAAUGAGAUUGGACCGGAGUAAUCUGAAUCUUCUAUACAAAGCAAGAUACUCCAAGGAGAUUCCUGAUGCAUAUGAGAGACUUCUUUUAGAUGCCAUUGAAGGUGAAAGGAGACUUUUCAUCCGAAGUGAUGAAUUGGAUGCUGCUUGGUCUCUCUUUACACCUGUGUUGAAGGAUCUUGAAGAGAAGAGAAUAAUCCCGGAGUACUAUCCUUAUGGAAGUCGUGGUCCAGUUGGGGCUCAUUACCUCGCAGCCAGAUACAAUGUUAAAUGGGGCGAUCUUGGGGUUGACGAAUGA